CUACGAUACAAACAGUGAUGGAAAACACAUGAGCAGUAACAAGUUUUAAUCUCGCUCCACAGUACUAACAUGGACUAAUCUGUGGAAGCAGUUUAUUCUAGUAUCACCCAGGGUACAGCUAUACCAGGACUGUGUUGAAAGGUGUUUUUUUCUUUUAAACGUAAUAUCUCCUCAUCUUUUCUUCUUACACAGUUCCUGAGAACAUUUACAUUAUAGAUAACUAGUACAUGGUGGAUAACUUCUACUUUUAAGAGGACUACUCUCUUCUGACAGACUCGUCUUCUACACUAAGAUAACAUGAAGGAAUAUGUGCUCCUAUUAUUCCUGGCUUUGUGCUCUGCCAAACCCUUCUUUAGCCCAUCACACAUCGCAUUAAAGAAUAUGAUGCUGAAGGAUAUGGAAGACACAGAUAAUGACGAUGAUCAUGAUGAGGACAACUCUCUUUUUCCAACAAGAGAGCCAAGAAUCCCCUUUUUUCCGUUUGAUCUGUUUCCAAUGUGUCCAUUUGGAUGUCAGUGCUAUUCACGAGUUGUACAUUGUUCAGAUCUAGGUUUGACCUCAGUUCCAACCAACAUUCCAUUUGAUACUCGAAUGCUUGAUCUUCAAAACAAUAAAAUUAAGGAAAUCAAAGAAAAUGAUUUUAAAGGACUCACUUCACUUUAUGGUCUGAUCCUGAACAACAACAAGCUAACAAAGAUUCACCCCAAAGCCUUUCUAACCACAAAGAAGUUGCGAAGGCUAUAUUUAUCCCACAAUCAACUAAGUGAAAUACCACUUAAUCUUCCCAAAUCAUUAGCAGAACUCAGAAUUCAUGAAAAUAAAGUUAAGAAAAUACAAAAGGACACAUUCAAAGGAAUGAAUGCUUUACACGUUUUAGAAAUGAGUGCAAACCCUCUUGAUAAUAAUGGGAUAGAGCCAGGGGCAUUUGAAGGGGUGACGGUGUUCCAUAUCAGAAUUGCAGAAGCAAAACUGACCUCAGUUCCUAAAGGCUUACCAUCAACUUUACUGGAGCUUCAUUUAGAUUAUAAUAAAAUUUCAACAGUGGAACUUGAGGAUUUUAAACGAUACAAAGAACUGCAAAGGCUGGGCCUAGGAAACAACAAAAUCACAGAUAUUGAAAAUGGGAGUCUUGCUAACAUACCACGUGUGAGAGAAAUACAUUUGGAAAACAAUAAACUAAAAAAAAUCCCUUCAGGAUUACCAGAGUUGAAAUACCUCCAGAUAAUCUUCCUUCAUUCUAAUUCAAUUUCAAGAGUGGGAGUAAAUGACUUCUGUCCAACAGUGCCAAAGAUGAAGAAAUCUUUAUACAGUGCAAUAAGUUUAUUCAACAACCCAGUGAAAUACUGGGAAAUGCAACCUGCAACAUUUCGCUGUGUUUUGAGCAGAAUGAGUGUUCAACUUGGGAACUUUGGAAUGUAAUAAUCAGUAACUGGUAAUGCCCAUUUAAUAUAAGAUUCAAAAAUCCUUACAUUUGGAAUACUUGAACUCUAUUAAUAAUGGUAGUAUUAUAUAUACAAGCAAAUAUCUAUUCUCAUGUGGUAAGUCCACUGACUUACUUUAUGACAAGAAAUUUCAACAGAAUUUUGCCAAACUAUUGAUACAAAAGGAUUAAGAGAAACAAGCAUCUAUUGCAGUUUCUUUUUUUUGUACAAAUGAUCUUACAUAAAUCUCAUGCUUGACCAUUCUUUUCUUCAUAACUAAAAAGACAUUCAGUAUUUAACACUUUGUUAUCAAGCAUAUUUUAAAAAGAACUGUACUGUAAAUGGAAUGCCUGACUUGGCAAAAUUUGUGCUCUUUCAUUUGCUGUUAGAAAAACAUAAUUAAUAAAGACAGAAGCCGGACAUGGUGGCUCAUGUCUGUAAUCCCAGCACUUUGGGAGGCUGAGGCGGGCAGAUCAUGAGGUCAAGAGAUCAAGACCAUCAUGCCAUCAUAGUCAACAUGGUGAAACCCCAUCUCUACUAAAAAUACAAAAAAAAUUAGCUGGGUGUGGUGGCGGGUAGUAAUCCCAGCUACUUGGGAGGCUCAGGCAGGACAAUCACUUGAACCCAGGAGGCAGAGGUUGCAGUGAGCCAAGAUUGUGCCACUGCACUCCAGCCUGGGUGACAGAGCAAGACUCCCUUUCAAAAAUAAAAAUCAAAAUUAACAAAAAAAAUAAAGACAGUAAUGUGAAGAGUACAUUAUACUAUUCUUAUUAUUUCUUUAAUAACUUGGGUAGUACUGUAAUAUUUGUAAUCAUCUUGAAGUAUGAUAUAAUAUUAUUGAAAUUACCUUAUCAUGUCUUAGAAUCUGUCUUUAAUGUUUAAAAGUAACUUCUUAAAGCCUUCAGUAAAUGUUCAUUACCAACUUGACAGAUGCUACUCUUAAGGGCUGGUGUGGGCUAUAGCAUAUGCUUUUUUUUUUUUUGUUUUUUAAUUAUUACCUGAUUAUAAAACCUCUGUAAAAAUGUGUAGUGUUUAUGUAAAAUCUGUAACUUGCAUUUUAAUGACCAGUUAUUAUAAGCUUUUAAUAGCAUGUCAAUUGUUAGGCUAUAUAACAUUACCACCUCAACUCUAAGGAAUAUUUUUGAGAUAUUCCUUUGGAAGACCUUGCUUGAAAGAGCCUGACACUAUCAAUUCUACACCAAAUUGUCUCUUCAAAUACAUAUGGACUGGAUAACUCUGAGAAACACAUCUAGUAUAGCCGAAUAAGCAGAGCAUCAAAUUAAACAGACAGAAACUGAAAGCUCUACAUAAAAGUUCAGAGUUCUUUAUGUAUUUUUUUAUUGGCAUUCAACAUAAGUAUAAUUAGAAAACAGGGAAAAUUUCAUUAAAAAUGUUGGUUUGAAAUGAAA